AGCAGCCGUGGUUCUUUCUUUACUCGCGAACCCGAACCAACCAAACGAAUACUUCUUCAAUCUCGGCUCAUAAAACGCUGUUAAUCAUGGACAUAAGAAACCAUGGGUACCCUAGUGAUGUACUGUGUGAACUUAACACCAUGAGGGAGCGGGCAGAGCUGACUGACGUGGUUCUGGAGGUGGAAGGGAGAAGUUUCCCCUGCCAUCGCGCUGUCCUGGCAUCGUGUAGUCCCUACUUCCGUAGCAUGUUCACCAGCGGCUACAAGGAGGCUAAGCAGGAAAAGAUCACUAUCAAGGAAGUGAGUAAGGUGACCGUGGCAACCAUUCUGGACUACGCCUACACCGGACGCCUUAAGAUGGAGCCAGACCAGGUCCAGGCUGUGAUGUCUGCAGCCAGACUGCUACAGAUUGAUUUUGUAUAUCGUAAGGCAGCAGAUUACAUGAAGGACCAUCUGGAUAUGUCCAACUGUGCAGAUGUGUUGAUGUAUGCUGACAUGCUGGGGGAUGUCGGCCUACAAGAGGCCAGUGGGAGGUACAUCGCAUUCAGUCGCCACUUCUCCUGCUCCAGUCAUUGUUCAACCGAGAAGAUUUGA